AUGGGAAGCGAGAACGAUAUCGUGUCGCGUUUUGACAUAGAACUCGAUGCAGGACCUUCCCCCAUUUUCAAAGGUGAGAGAAGUUUUGUUGAAUAUCAAAAAUUGCUAUUCAAAGGGGCUUCGAAAAUCAUAACGUUCUAAUUUUCGAAAAUUUUGAAGACAUAUUUAGAGCCUUGGGACUAGAAGUAUGAAAACAGUCUCAUUUUUAGUCAUGCAGUUUCAAAUUGAUUCAUUUUUUCCGACAUUUUUUUGACAAGGAAAUAAUUACAAAGAGUAAACUUUUUAGGAGGAGAGGUUAUAACCGGAAAAUUGUGGAUCGAACUCCGAAAGCCCAUUGUGAUCAAUGCAGUCAAGCUUCAGAUGAAAGGACGAGCGGCUUGGCUCAACGACCCUUUGAAAAAGGAUGACAUUGAAAAGGUCAUUUUUGAAGCUUUUCUGAGAAUGGUCAGAAAUAAAAAAAAAGUUCAUUUUUUUUUUUCAAAAAGCCGCUCCAAAAUGAUCAAAGAAGUAUUUUUCUGAACAGAAAACACUGGGUUAUUUCAAAAAUACCAUUCCAAAUCCAAAUCAGACCCUCUCGAUUAGAUGAUUCUCUGAAGUAACAUAUCUUUUAAGGUUUACUUCGAUCAAGAUUUCACGCUUCUGGAGCGUCCGCCAGGUAAACCUGAACCAGGUCACUUCACUUGGAUCGGAGACUUCACCUACAGUCUUCCCUUCGAGUGUCCACUACCACGCGUAAGCUCAUUUUUUAUAUUUCUUCAUACUUUUUCAAAUUUCAGGGAUGUCCAUCAAGCUAUGAAGGCCCCCAUGCGUUCAUCCGAUACUUUAUCCGAGCUAGCGUCGUUCAAGAAGACGAGCACGAGAAAAUUGUUUGUUUUUUCUCGACUGAGCAAAUUUUUAUCAGAAUUUCAGCAUGAAUACUAUGUGAAAAAAGCGCUCACAUUGAUCGCACCGUCUGAAGGACAUCUUGUCGCUGGGGAGCCUGCGAAGACUAACGAUUCUGCAGCUUUUGGAAAAUGUUGCUGCAAAUCAAAAGUAAUCGGGAAGAUGAAUGAACUAUCAGAAUUUCAAUAAAUUCAGCUCAACGCAGAACUUUCUCUCCCAAAGACUGGAUACCUGCCUGGAGAUCAUGUAUACGGGAGUCUAAAAGUCGGCAACAAACACCCAAAAGAUAUUCUGAGUCAUGUUGGUUUCAAACUCUUGCCUAAUCUGGUUCUUCUGCACUCUUUGACUGCUUCGAAUUUCGCCUAACCCAACCCGAAUGAGUUUAGAUGGAAGCCAGAUUGGUGGACAGAGUUCGAAGGGUCGGAGCUCCAGAAAUCGCAGCAGUUUCGCCCUACCGCACCCUUUUAGUACGAAAGUUAGAGCCGACAAGCUCUUUGCCCAAAGGAAAAGGAGAAAUUGAACAGAACGAUCUCCUACUUUUGACCAUCCCUCCGGUUGUUGCAACAACAAAAGGUGAGUAGGAAUUUAUGAAAACGACGGUUUGAAUUCCGUCCUUUUCCAAGUAUUCUGCUGCAGCAUUGAUGAAGUUUUUCUGCAAGAAGAAAAACUUGAAGUAUCGCGUCUUGCCAAUGGAAUAUGUUUUGAUUUUGUAAGGCCUUCAUACAUGUAUCUGAAUAUCUUUAUGACUAAUUAUGCAAUAAGGACUUCAAAAAACAAAUCGAAAGGGUCACUAUAACUAGAAGGACUAUCUCCAGAAUUUUUCAUCAAAAACUCUUCAGGCGACGCAGAAGACACAGCCAACAACCUCCAAAGUUUGAGUCCUUAUGGAAAACUUCAAGAAAGCCCAUCAACGGCAACAUUGAGAUUCAGAAAAAUUCCAUUCCUCAAGAUUGAGUACGCCAUCCAGGUUACUUUGGCAUCGAGUCAAAUUCCGAGAUGACAAGUGAAUCAUUUUCAGGUUACUCUCGGCUCACAUCUGCUCCUCGAAAUCCCCAUCGAAAUUGGAGAGCACUCCACCCGCGAUAAGUCCAACACUUUGGAGCCUUUCGUGGCCGGACCUCAAGCAGUCGAAGAAACCGACGAGAAGGUGGGCGACCUUUCGAAAACUGCUCAAAAUAGUUAUUCAGGGAAAAAUUGCUGUGAAUGGACCUUUCGUCUACACUCCAGUCUACCCUUACCGUGAAUCGAAACCAAUUGGUUAGAUAGUAAUAAUCGAACUUUUUUCGAAAGUUUCGUUUCAGCCCACCAAACAACGGUUCAAACUCGUUUACCCGAAUCUGCAGCCACCGCCAACGGACAUGCCGACCAUCUAUCUCCAAUAGCUGCUUCUCCUCGAAGCGUUUCUCCUACACACAGCGAGGUAGAUUGGAAAACCUCUUCACGAGUUUUGAAGAAUAAAAAAUCAGUUAACUGAAGAAAAUUUCGUAAAUUUUAAUGAUGCGCUUUUUUCCAUAGUUUGGAAAUUCUCAGCUUUAUUGUGAAAAAGAAGCUUCAGAAAGCCAUUUUGACAACAACCCGUACAAUCGUCACUCAUUCCGACGGCCAUGAAUCGAAAACCAUGGAAGAAACGGUCAUGGAAAGUGAAGGAGAAGUCGUCAGGAAGAUCGAAGAGAGCGUCGUAGACGAAGAAGGAAUUCAGACUCACCGCACAGAAACGGUUUCAAACCAGUUCCGUUCCUAUCAAUCUAUCAUAUCUUUCAGACAACAAUUGAUGCAUCUGGAAACGAAACGACAUCAGUUGAAGAGACAAAAACCCGUGUAGCGGAAAGCGCCCACUUGCCUGAAGCCAUUCAAGAAGCUCGAGAGAAAAUUGAAGAGCUGGAGGAGCAGAUCAAAAACGACGUUUGUAGUUUUUAUUGGGAAUUCGGAAAAAUAGAAUGUUUUAAGUCAAGCCCGAAGGAAGAAGGACGGCAAGACCCGAUUGUGAUCCACACACAAUCCGACGGAGAUGAAACAACUGUGUCUACCGAGGUCAGUCCAAAAUUUUAGACGAGUUCUGGGCGGCUGAAGAGUGCCCCAACUCUUUUCUGAAAUUUUUUUUCGUCUUCAUUUUGCUGCUAGAAAACGAAGAAACAUUGACGAAAGCAAAAAAAAAAACAGCUUUAGGGUAUUCAUUCUAGUCAAUUUGAAACGAUUUUCACGAACUUCAUACUGCUUAGAGACUCCAAAGUGGUCCCUAUAGGGGUUCGGGGGAAAUAACCCUUAUAGGGGCCGAAAAAGUGGUCCCAACAAGGGUAUUCUCAAGGUGGUCCCUAUGGGGGUUCAGAGAUUGAGCCCUUAGAGGGGACCCUUUAAGGACCCCCAAAGUCUGACCCUGUAAGGACCACUCUGAAGCUCCCAAGUGGUCUUCCAAGGGUUCUCCCUUUGGAUUGAUAAUAAUAUCAUAAGAUACUAAUUUUCAUGAUCAAAACCAUUUUUUUUUCCUCUUUCGGACCAUAAAGUGAGUUGACUUUGAUGGUCGUUUAUUAUUAUUUUAAAACUCAUUGAAAGUACUUGGAAUUGUAUUAAAAACCAGCCUUUUACAGGUUAUCGAAGAAGGAGGAACAAAGCUGGUAAAGACUGUGACAGUGACGAAACACGCAGACGGUAGUGAAUCCACACUGAUUCAAGAGCACUCGACUACAGAAAUUGAAGAAAACGAAGAAAAAAAGCAAUAG